UUUCAAGUAAUUAUCUUUCGGGUUUUAUAAAGUUUCAAAUUAUGAGUUCUGUACCAGGAAAUCAGUACGUUAAUCUUUAUUUUUUCAAAAAUGGAUCAGUUCGUAAACCUGAAAAAAUUCGUAGGCGUAAAAAUGAAAUUGAGAAGUUAGUCUCCAAGAAAGGAAAGUCAUGUUACUAUCGUGAAAAGAUCAUUUAUACAAUUUGUGGAGAGCCUGUUACCACAUUGUCAAAAUUUGUAAACAAUUCUCCAUUUGUUCUUGUUGAGCCUGAAGAUUCUUUUAAACCACAAAAGUAUUCACAAAUUUUCAUUGAAUCGUUACAAGAAGCGUCUAAUAACCAAUGCUCAUCCCGUUCAAGCAUGAACAAUAGCACACACAGAAAAAGUCUUUCAACUCCUGCAAUUCCUGUUAGAACUAGAAAAAGUUCAGAGUCGUGUGUAAAAUUUACUACUGUAAUUGAAGAACACUCUUCAGACGAUGAAUUUUGUCGUGAAUCGCUCACAAAUAAUAAACGAAAAGAACCUUCAAAACAAAGUUACGUCAAGCCUCUUCCUCAGCAGUCAGCAAAAAUGAAAAAAGAAGGAAUCUUUGCACAUUGUUGUGUUAAAGCACAGCCAAGUCAAAAUCUAGUCAUAGAGCCAUUCAUUGCAUGCAACAAUGAUAAAAUUACACAAACAACUCCACAGGACUUUAAAUGUGCAAAGGAGAGAAAAAAACGCGAAGAACAAGAUCAAAAGAAACGAGAAAAAGUGUAUAAGAAGGCACCGAUUCAAAAAACAGGAUCAACUCCAGUUCUUUUCUCCUGUCCACGAGAGGAUUUUGAAGAUGAAUGUGAAGAUCCCAAAUUGCUUAGUCAACAUGAAACAGCUCGUGAACAGUUCUUCAAAAAAAGAAAUGCAAUGGCAUUAAAAAUCAAAAAAUCUUUAGAUAAAAAGUAUGGUAUUGAGUUAAGACAUGGAGAAUGUUAAAUAUUCAAAAAAUAAAUGCGCA